AUGAACUGGUUGCCCCCGUCACGAAAUCUGUCCGGACCACCCGGCAUCAAUGACGGCAUUCACACCAGUAACCCCUUUGCUCCUUGCAAAGCAAAGAACUUGCUCAGCCGUCUCCUGUUUGUCCGCAUGGCCCCAUUGCGGUGGAAGCCAAGCAGCCCCGAGUCAGCAAAUAAAAGUCUCCGCAACGAUAAGAUAUGA